AAAUUAUUUUAUUACCGGAUCGGGUUACAAUUUUUACGAUGUCAUACUUUUAUUAUAUCUUUUUCUAUUUCCUGGUGUCCUUUGAGUUUGUAUUCAGCACUACUAUAAGUGUAUUUCCUAAUCUUCAGUGUGAUAUAAAAUGUUCGAAAUGGGAGCUCGUUUGCAUUAAACCUCCAAAGAGUUACUCGCCGAAGCUACCGUAUGUGGUAUGUAAUCCAUCCGACUCUCCGCGAUAUCCGGAAAGCGCUGACGAUGUUGAGAAAAUUGUAAAAGAAGCAAUUACCAAAGGUGUCGCAGUGAAAGCCUACGGGAAUCAGAAUGGCCAAUCUGAUCUAAUUUGUACAGCUGGAAUACCUAUGGCCAUCGGAGCACUGCAAUAUAAAAAGAUGAAUGAUGACAAUACAGUGACUUUCGGCGCUGGUGUAAAUUUAUUUGAUUGUGGCGAGUUCCUCCGCCAGAAUGGCCGUGCACUAGCAACUGUACCACCUUAUGGAAGUAUAACGCUUGUUGGCGCCGUUGUGACUGGUGAACAUGGCAAUAGUUUGAAUUAUGAUUCGACGCUAGCUGCUCAGGUUGUGAAAAUGACGAUUAUAAACAGUAAAGGAGACAUCCAAGUUAUCUCAAGUCCAGAUGAGUUGAAAGCAUUUAGUUUGAGUCUUGGACUUCUCGGUAUUUGUGUCGACAUUACAUUGCGCACCGUUAAACUGUACAAGUUGCAAGCUCAUAAUUAUAUUGAAGGUGAUGACAUAUUGUUUAAUGAUAAAGCAAUUAAAUGGGCUAGGAACACUGAUGAGCUCACGCUUUUCUGGUUCCCAUCGUCUGAGGAAGUGGUUGUAAGUAACAGAACAAUAGUUUGCGAUGAAACACCAGGAAACGCACGUUCAAAUGAUUUGUUGUCGUCCGUUUACGCAAACUUCGCCAAAAUUUUCUUUAAAGCCAAAGAGACGGCCUUUAAACUAACAUCGAAUAUUUGCGCAGAAGCAAAUGCGGGUGGAUACGAAAUUCUUCACGCUAUCGAGAACUUUAUGAAAUUCUCGCUUGUACAAAAUGCACCAGAAAUGGUACCGAUCUUCACCGAAGAUGGAAUAAAUGUGGUAAAUCCUGCUGUAGGUUAUCCCCACAUGAUUUCUUCUCCAACUUGCUAUAGCAAGCCUCAAGGUCCCAAUCAAGCUGCCUGUCCCGACUCACACGGGGCCAACAGCAUAACGACUCUUGACUACGAAUUUAGCAUCAAGACUUGCGAUCUUGCCGACUUUGCUGAGGCUGUCAAAGACAUAAUAAAAAAGACACCAACCGCUUUUCCGGUGCUCGGUAUUCGCAUAACAUUUUCAGGGAGAUCGGACAUAUUCUUGUCCCCAUCGUUCGGACAAGAAUCUGCUUAUGUCGAAUUUCGCAUGUUGAAUACGAAAGAUCUUUUCAACCAGCCAUCCGCAAGUUUAGCCGGUUUCCAAACAAUUGUACAGGCUUUAAUUUACAAAUUCAAUGGAAGAUCGAAUUGGGGUAAAGGUGGUUUGGUCGUUCAUAGCGCUGAGAGCAUCAAAUUGAAAUUGGAAAAAUUAGCCCGUGAUGGUUUCAUUGAUGCACUUCAAAAACACGAUCCAGAGGGUGUCUUCAUGAAUAAAGUUGGUCUUCGAUUAACGGGGAAAUCAACGGAUAUAGACGUGAAUCCAUUGGCAACUCGUUGCGCCCUGUUGGGUAGCUGCUUUUGCAGCAAGGAUACUGACUGUGGACCAAAUCAAACAUGCACUACACUUCCUGGUUAUGACUCAUACCACGUUUGCCAAACCAGAAACGAACAGUGCAGUAAACCGAUUAACCCUAUACCUUCUCUGGACGAUUUAGUAAAAUAUCUUGAUGUCGAUGUUGCUAAGUUAGCUGAAGUUGCGUUGAGCAAAUGUUAGAAGGCCCCGAUGUUUGUAUGAAAUUAAUAGCCCACAAUAUUUGAUUUUUCAAUAAAAGUAGAUUUGUUUGGCCA